CGAAAGGCCAGCGGUUGGUGUUUUUGAAUGAGGAAUAUUUUCCCUCCUCCCGGGCAAGUGAAGGGAAAGGACGCCUCGGUCUGCAGGGGCCAUCGAAUCUUCUCGUAUUCCUGAAACAGAAUGGUAUGGUCCAGAACCCGCCCCAUUUUCUCUGCGAUUGGUCUUCCUUCCUCCGCCAGGCGUGUGACUCUUGACCAAUGGUCGCUCACGUUUCUUUAGCGAGGGAUAAGCGACAGAAGGCGGUGGCCUGGGAGACGCCCCCUACGCGUACUGAGAUUGGCUACGUCGCACGGCGCGCGAGGACGGCGGGCCUGAAAGAUGAGAACUACGACUCCCAGCUUCCAGCGACGAGAACCCCGUUACGCAUGCGCAUGGGCGGGGCGAACAGGCUUCUUUAUAAAAGGGGCGCAAAGGCCUGGGAGGCAGCAGUUGGAAGUUGGCAGGUGGAAAGGCAGGUUGGGAGGGAAAGCCGGGGGAGGAGGCGGAAGAGGAGCUGUCGGAAGGGGGAGGAGGGAGGGAGGAAAAGAGAAGGCGGAGGAGAACUGAGCUGAGCAGAGCUUCGAGCCAAAGGGGAGAUGAGUUUGUCCUCGGCUGAGGCUCCGGCCGGGCCUAGGGAACUGGGAACUCGGGCUUGAGCGACACCCGUGGAAGUGGGAGGAGGUGGCUCUAGGACUUUAACCCCUUGUGGGCUCUGCGGCAGGGGAUUUAACCCUUUGUGGAUUUGGCCCCUCGGAGGCAGCGUCAUCGGUAGUUUUAACCCCUUCGGGGCUGGGUUUAACCCGUUGGACUUAACCCUCAUCACCUUGCUCACCACCUCCUCGAUCGUGGGGGCGCUCUGCGGGGAGGCUUGAGGCCCACCCCCUCCGCACGUUACGUACUGUUCCUGCGCUGCACCCCCUUGGACCCGCUUGCUGGCCGCGCUGUGGGCGCUUAACCCUUUGCUGACUUGAGCUCUCCAGGUUGCAAUUGGAGUUUGCUGACGGAAGGACUGGCUAAAGGCAUCACUGCAGGAAUCACAAACUGAAGAGGACUCUGCUGGACAUUUUUUCUUUUUAAAGAAAAAUCUUUUUUCCUUAAGGACUUACUAGCCAAAAUUUCUUAAACUUCGAGAAGAGGACUUUACUAGCCAUGGCCGAGCCACUCUUGUCAGAAUAUCAACACCAGCCUCAAACUAGCAACUGUACAGGUGCUGCUGUUGUCCAUGAAGAGCGAAACCCUGAGCGCCCCCCAGGCGCGAAGGAGCGGGUGCCCAAGGAGGACAGUAGGUGGCAAUCGAGAGCGUCCCCCCAGCCGGGUGGCCCUCCAGGGCUGGAGGGUGAAGGGAGCCUGGAGCCCCCGCCGCCUCCCCUGCAGACUCAGGCCUGUUCGGAACCGAGCUGCCUGGAAGCGGGUGAGAAGGGCCAGAAUGGGGACGAUUUGUCCGCUGGUGGCGACUCCCCGCCAGCGGCGGGAGGGGAACCGAGGCCCGAGGCCGAGCUGAUCGCCCAGUCUCGUCAGGACUCUGAGGCCAACAAGUUGGGGUCUCCUGCUGCAGGGGGCGAGGAGGCGUGCGGACAGCAGCAGAGACAGCUGGGCAAGAAAAAACAUAGGAGACGCCCUUCCAAGAAGAAGCGGCAUUGGAAACCGUACAUCAAGCUGACCUGGGAGGAGAAGAAAAAGUUCGAUGAGAAACAGAGCCUGCGAGCUUCGAGGAUACGAGCCGAGAUGUUCGCCAAGGGCCAGCCGGUCGCGCCCUAUAACACUACGCAGUUCCUCAUGGAUGAUCACGACCAGGAGGAGCCGGAUCUCAAAACUGGCCUCUACUCCAAGCGGGCCGCCGCCAAAUCCGACGACACCAGCGAUGAGGACUUUAUGGAAGAAGCGGGCGAGGAGGAUGGGGGCAGCGACGGGAUGGGAGGGGACGGCAGCGAGUUUCUGCAGCGGGACUUCUCGGAGACUUACGAGCGGUACCACGCGGAGAGUCUGCAGAACAUGAGCAAGCAGGAACUCAUCAAAGAGUACCUGGAGCUGGAGAAGUGCCUCUCGCGCAUGGAGGACGAGAAUAACCGGCUGCGGCUGGAGAGCAAGCGACUGGGCAGCGACGACGCGCGUGUGCGGGAGCUGGAGCUGGAGCUGGACCGGCUGCGCGCCGAGAAUCUCCAGCUGUUGACCGAGAACGAACUGCACCGGCAGCAGGAGCGAGCGCCGCUUUCCAAGUUUGGAGACUAGACUGAAACUUUUUGGGGGAGGGAGCAAAGGGGACUUUUUACAGUGAUGGAAUGUAACAUUAUAUACAUGUGUAUAUAAGACAGUGGACCUUUUUAUGACACAUAAUCAGAAGAGAAAAUCCCCCUGGCUUUGGUUGGUUUCGUAAAUUUAGCUAUGAUGCAGCUUGCGUGCUUUCUCCUGUUCUUUAAUUAUGUGAAAUUGAAGAGUUGCUUUUCUUAUUUUCCUUUUUAGAAUUUUUUAAAUGUGAAAGUAAUUUGACCAAGUUAUAAUGCAUUUUUCUGUUUAAAAAAAAAAUCCCCUCCUUAAACGGAGCUAUAAGGUGGCCAAAUCUGAGAACCAUUAAAUUCAUUUUAGUUAUAAUAAAUUUAAUAUUUGUAAAUGUAAUAUAGUUUCAGUGUGAUUUCUAGAGCUAAUUCAAAAUAGUAUUGAUUUUAUGUGAUUGCAUUUUUGGGGAAGAGAAAUGAAAUCUUAAAUUUGUCAGUUAGCAAAAAUGCCAAUCUCGAAUGGGAGAAUUUUCAAUUUGCUGAUUUUUUUCCUUGAACGGGUUUUAGUAUGCUACAAUAUAUACAGUUCAGGCAAAAUAUAAAGAUUUAAUUAUCUUCAAUACUUAAAUGUGCUUGCUUUCUAGUGCCUUGGUUUUCUUCAUGCUGGAAAAAUAAACCAGUGUUGGGUGUUUGCAGGAGUGGAAGGUGGCUACAAUCGUAAGUUUAAAAUUUAAUAAUUCUGCCUCUCAGCCAUUCAAAAGUCUAAUAAAAAAGUGUAAACCUAAUUUGGCAGUCUGUUAGGUUAGACAGCUGUCAGCCUCAUUUCAUUCUUACAAGUUGGUUUUCAGUAAUCUCUUCCUUCCUCCAAUAAGGCUGGAAGGAGUUCUGGAUGCCUGGAAGAGGCUCUUGCUAAACCUCUUGAUUCUUAGUGCAAGCAAUGGUUAGACUAGAUAAAUUUGUGGGGCAGCUCUUUAUAUUAAGAUGUCUAGAGGUAGGGAAUAUUGGAUUUAUAAAGGAAAUGAGGAUUCCAAAGACUUACCCUAAUUAAUUGUCCAAUGCUUAGUGCUCUAUAUACAAAAAAAAAAAAAAGAAUAGGCACUGUCCACUUUUCCAUGUGGGUCAAACCAAAAUUAGAAAUGCCCCCCCACUCCCCCAGUCUAUGGCCAUACCACCCUGAACAUGCCCAAUCUUGUCAGCUAAGCAGGGUCAGGCCUGGUUAGUACUUGGAUGGGAGAAAUGCCCCCUCACUGCAGAUCAAAUGUAAAGCUUCCAGUUAAGGAGCUAAGUGAGGUCCUAGAAGCUCAAUGAGGAACGCUGCACAUUCCCCAUACAGGGGCUAUUCUCAAUUUCCUAACCUGUGCUGAUAGCUGCUUAGGUUCUUGAGUAGUUCUGCUCUUGAAAAAGGGAGGCCCUGAGAACUAAUUUCUGCCCCCAAAUCAAAAUAGAAAUAGUAAGAUUAUUCCUUCCUGUCACUUGGUCAUGUGACAUAGCCUUUCACCUGCCCUUUGUCAGUAUUUUCCCUGGGGCAACUGCAUUGCUCAAAUCACUGGCACAGGUGUUCCUCGACGCCUUAGAAACCAUAGUGGGCCUUCAGUCCAUGAACCCCAUGAAAUUAUAUGUAGACUUGUGUUAUAUAUACAUUUUUCUGGGGCAAGGUUUCAAGAGACUCAUGAGAUUGUCAAACUCCUUGAAGGUUAAGAACCCCUGCAGGAAAGGGGUAAGAAACCCUCCCACUGGGAAGACUGCUUGUGCAGCUAAACGGUGAUAGCGGAGGUGCUGGGAACUUUAAGAGUAAAAUGCACCUUAUGACGCAUAAGGAGCAUACACAAAUCAAUCAAGGGAAACGAUACCAGUAGGGCUGAAUCAGGGCCUUCAAAGCUGGACUGAGUUGGUCCUUUUCUGGCACAGAUGGUCCACUGGAGACAAUGUAUGAUCGCUUUUUUCUUUGGCCUAAAAAUUAAAUGUCUAUUUUGAAA